GGCCUUCGCUGGGUGUCUAUUUAUUUAGAAGAUCAAGACAAGAGGGAGAUAAAAGGUCAGAUUGAGUCAGAUAAAGCUGCCAAUGUUUCAUGCAUCACAGCAGUGGGAUUUGCCACUUGGAGAGCUUCUAACAAGACGUCUUUAAUGGGACCCCUUAAGUCAUUUGUUUCCAGACUUCAUCUACUUAAGAGACUUUGUGUUUCGGCCAUGCCACAAUGGUUAUAAUUUGGAUUCUGUUGCUGAGUUUUAUCAGUUGCGGUCCGCAGGUAUCCUGGGCGAAGAGGCUGGAUAAAGGACCUAGGUAUCCUUGUUCCGGAGGAGGCAAACUGUGCGACCCCAGGCAGAGACGAGAUGCUGGGGGACGUGGAGGGGUUUACGAACAUCUUGGAGGUGCCCCUCGAAACAGAAAACUUUACUGCGCUACUAAGUACCACCUACAGAUACACCUCAACGGCAAGAUUAACGGGACUCUGGAGAAAAACAGCGUAUUUAGUAUUUUAGAAAUAACUGCCGUGGAUGUGGGAAUUGUUGCCAUCAAAGGGCUGUUUUCGGGGAGAUAUCUGGCCAUGAACCAAAGAGGGAGACUUUACGCCUCGGAAACAUACAACCCCGAGUGUGAGUUUGUGGAAAGAAUUCAUGAGCUCGGAUACAAUACCUAUGCUUCACGUCUUUAUCGGACAGUUCCAAAUGGGGCAGGCACCAAGCGCAAGGCUAGCGCUGAAAGACUAUGGUAUGUGUCUGUCAAUGGCAAAGGACGACCCAGAAGAGGCUUCAAAACAAGAAGGACGCAGAAGUCUUCCCUUUUUUUACCCAGGGUGUUAGACAACAAAGACCACGACGCUGUGAGGCUCUUUCAUACGAACACUGUGUAUAGAGAAAGUAUUCUGAAACCCUCAAAACCAAGUGGAAGACAAAGACGAGGACAAUGAGGGGUGCAAACUGUGAAGCGAUGGCCCCCUACAAACCCCUAAGAUCAUGAAAUGACAUGGUUCACUUAGACAAAAGACAGCGAUUAAGUUUUGUAGAACUUAUUUUUAUGAACUGCGUCACCCCGUAAGGCUGAAAAUACUGCCACUAGAAUUCACAUUUUGACUCUCUGGGCAUCUGAAUCCUCGGUGUUCUAUUUUAAGACGCUGGUAGGGAUUUCUUAUAUUUCCAUUGUUAGCCCCAAAUGUGCAUCUUAUCCACUCUUCUUGGGACCUCAAUCCAACGUGCACUGAAAAUGUAACGUUUGAUGGUCAUUCAUCUUCAAAUCCUUUGUUAUUUGAUCCACAGAUCAGUUCUUCAAACGUUGGCUUGACUCUGCCUUUGGGUCUACCUCAGAUUCCGAUAUAAUAUUCCGUCCUAAUUUAUGCAAAACAAAAACAAAAAGUGCCUCGUUUAGGGGGCAAGUUCUUAAAAGCUAUUUAUUAUCCUUCAUGAAGUACUGUAUGGCCAUUGAAAAUGUGUGUGCAUUGUCUCUUAUCUUACAAUUAUAUCAAAUUUGAAUCAAAUGAGAAGUCUCUGCAAAAGAUGGUUGCUUACAUCUCAGACUGUGAGUGUUUGGUGCCCACAUAAUCUUGUAUACUUUUGCGUUCUAAAAUAGUAACAUUUCUUGUACGCAAUGCAUAGGCAUGCCUUUGUGAGCACUUUACAGAUAAUAUAGUUUUAAUGUAUUCCAGAGAUGUAUCCUGGACGUAUCUUCGUAGUGACUUGGCAUUCACCUCAUUGGCUGCGGUAGCUUUGGGUAUAAGAAUAUAUUAAAGCGUUUUGCCGGUAGAAACAUCCCAAAGCUUAAGGUUCACCUUGAAAGUAUUACUAUAGCUGUUAUCCGUGUUUUGCUGGCCUUGGAACAACACUACUAAAAUAAAUGUUACAUUCUAUGAUAGUCGUCAACACUAAUA